CUGUGAUUGGUUCGUAGUAGUUCUCGUUCCCACUGAGUGGCUGUGAGAGCUGUCUGUCCGUGGGCGGGUAUGUUUAGCUGAUUGCAUUAUUGGAAUCGGAUUUAUCCUGUAGUCUAACUGUUCUGGAUUAAUUUCGUAUUGCCUGCUCUAUUCCUGGCGAAUUUCGACUGUCCGGUUGGCCUGCUACGAUAAAGUUAACGGCGUCAUUUCCCCCCCACAUUCUGGAUAAUCGGUAAUAAACGGAAACUGUCCCGAGAUGUCUCGGAGUGAGGAAAGGGCCAAGGAGAUUUUGAAGGGCUUUAAACUAAAUUGGAUGAACCUUCGGGAUGCAGAGACGGGUAAGGUGCUGUGGCAGGGAACAGAGGACCUGUCUGUACCUGGAGUCGAACAUGAAGCUCGUGUCCCAAAGAAGAUCCUGAAAUGCAAAGCGGUGUCCAGAGAGCUGAACUUCUCUUCUGCUGAGCAGCUGCAGAAGUUUCGGUUGGAACAGAAAGUUUUCUUCAAAGGCCAGUGUCUAGAAGAAUGGUUCUUUGAGUUUGGGUUUGUAAUCCCAAACUCCACCAACACGUGGCAGUCCCUGAUAGAAGCUGCUCCGGAGUCCCAGAUGAUGCCAGCCAAUGUUUUAUCUGGUAAUGUCAUCAUAGAGACAAAGUUCUACGAUAAUGACCUCCAUGUAAGUACUUCCAGAGUGCGGCUUUUCUACGUCUGACCCCUGGCCUGUCCUUCUACCUUCCAGUUGGCUGAUAUCCUGCCCGUUGUAUAAAUAAAAUCCAGAGGUUAGCCACAGUUUGCAGCAGUCCACUCUUUCUUACUGUCCUGGAAUCAGCAGGUUUGGGUCAGAACCUGCCCCCGUGCCACACUCAGUGAUGUGAGCUCCGUACUCUGGAUGUUCCCCUGUUUGUGUUGAUUUGGAGAACAAUGUCUACUCGGAGGAAGGUGGAUCUCUCUCAGCGUGACUUUUCCACUGAUUUCAAAUCGAGACUCAAACACAGGAAUCACAUGACUUGUGAUUUUUACCAUGUUUUAGCUUCAUUGUUGUGUUCUGCCCAAGGCUACAUUAACUCAGGAACAGAGAGCAUCAGGGAAGCCAUGCCACAUGAAAGGUGAAAGGUCAAUACUUAGGAACUUUAUAAAUCUCUUCACAUCUAGUUAAGUGUGUCUGCACUAGUUCAAACCAUUUUACUGUUACAAGUGCACUGUUACAAAUUCCAUAGCUGUGUCCCAUUUCAGAGGUUAAAGGACUAGCCCCCCACCCCGCAUUCUGGGCUCCUACAGCGAGGACAGCACCAACCACUUCCUGUGUGCUAGCAGCCUUAAUGUCAAAAGUGAACGUUCUAUAAUUGGAAACUUGGAAAAUAUGCAACUUUUUCUGUAGUUCGCCUAUUUCUGUGUAAUUCCAGCUCAACAUUAGUGACUGUUUAAGGUCCUUACUACAGCUUUGCUUUGCACAUUCUGACUUCCCAUCCACCCCGCUGUAUUUGAUGUUUUUCUUAGCUGUUGACCUAACUGUACAAACUAGACUUGUGUUUAAAUAUGGCAGGCAUUGUGAAUUAAAUUACAAUGUUUUAAUACCA